AUUAUUUUACUUAUCGCGGGGCAUAUGUAUCGUACCAACUGGGGCAUUGGUCAUGGACUAAAAGAUAUUUUAGACGCUCAUAAGGGUCCAUUUACAGGUCAGGGCCAUAAAGGUCUAUACGAUAUCCUAACAACAUCAUGGCAUGCUCAAUUAUCUAUUAACCUAGCAAUGCUAGGCUCUUUAACUAUUAUUGUAGCUCACCAUAUGUAUUCCAUGCCCCCUUACCCAUAUCUCGCUACUGACUACGGUACACAAUUGUCAUUAUUCACACAUCACAUGUGGAUUGGUGGAUUUCUUAUAGUAGGUGCUGCCGCUCAUGCAUCCAUUUUUAUGGUAAGAGACUACGAUCCAAUUAAUCGAUACAACGAUCUAUUGGACCGUGUCCUUCGACAUCGUGAUGCUAUAAUCUCACAUCUGAACUGGGUAUGUCUAUUUCUAGGCUUUCACAGUUUUGGUUUGUAUAUUCAUAAUGAUACGAUGAGCGCGUUAGGGCAUCCUCAAGAUAUGUUUUCAAAUACUGCUAUACAAUUACAACUUGUUUUUGCUCAAUGGAUACAAAACACCCAUACUUUAGCACCAGGUACAGCAGCAAGCACCUAUUUUACUUGGGGGGAUAUAGUAACAGUGGGUGGUAAAGUAGCUUUGGUACCUAUUCCAUUAGGAACCGCGGAUUUCUUGGUCCAUCACAUUCAUGCAUUUACGAUUCAUGUGACAGUCUUUAUACUCUUGAAAGGUGUUCUAUUUGCUCGCAGUUCCCGUUUGAUACCGGAUAAAGCAAAUCUUGGUUUUCGUUUUCCUUGUGAUGGACCUGGAAGAGGGGGUACAUGUCAAGUAUCGGCCUGGGAUCAUGUUUUCUUAGGCCUAUUUUGGAUGUACAAUUGUAUUUCGGUAGUCAUUUUUCAUUUCAGUUGGAAAAUGCAGUCAGAUGUUUGGGGCAGUAUAAAUGAUCAAAGAGUAAUAACUCAUAUAACCGGAGGGAACUUUUCCCAGAGUUCUAUUACUAUUAAUGGGUGGCUUCGCGAUUUCUUAUGGGCACAGGCCUCCCAAGUAAUUCAGUCCUAUGGUUCUUCAUUAUCUGCAUAUGGCCUUUUUUUCUUGGGUGCUCAUUUUGUAUGGGCUUUUAGUUUAAUGUUUCUAUUCAGUGGACGUGGUUAUUGGCAAGAACUUAUAGAAUCCAUAAUUUGGGCUCAUAAUAAAUUAAAAGUUGCUCCUGCUACUCAGCCAAGAGCCUUGAGCAUUGUACAAGGACGUGCUGUAGGAGUAACCCAUUACCUUCUGGGUGGAAUUGCCACAACAUGGGCAUUUUUCUUAGCACGAAUUAUUGCAGUCGGAUAAUGGCUAGGAGGAUUUGAAAGGCGCUAUGGCAUUAAGAUUUCCAAGGUUUAGCCAAGGCUUAGCUCAGGACCCCACUACUCGUCGUAUUUGGUUUGGUAUUGCUACUGCACAUGACUUCGAGAGUCAUGAUGAUAUCACAGAGGAACGCUUUUAUCAGAAUAUUUUUGCUUCGCACUUCGGUCAAGUGGCAAUAAUUUUUUUGUGGACUUCUGGGAAUCUAUUUCAUGUAGCUUGGCAAGGAAAUUUCGAGUCGUGGAUACAGGACCCUUUACAUGUACGACCUAUUGCUCAUGCUAUUUGGGAUCCUCAUUUUGGUCAACCGGCCGUGGAAGCUUUUACUAGAGGGGGUACCCUUGGCCCGGUGAAUAUCGCUUAUUCUGGUGUUUAUCAGUGGUGGUAUACAAUCGGGUUACGCACUAAUGAAGAUCUUUAUACUGGAGCUAUUUUUCUAUUAUGUAUUUCUGCCAUUUGCUUAGUAGCAGGUUGGUUACACCUACAACCUAAGUGGAAACCAAGUGUUUCAUGGUUCAAAAAUGCCGAAUCCCGCUUAAAUCACCAUUUGGCAGGACUUUUUGGCGUAAGUUCCUUGGCUUGGACAGGGCAUUUAGUACAUGUUGCGAUUCCUGCGUCCAGAGGGGAGUACGUUCGAUGGAAUAAUGUAUUAGAUGUAUUACCACACCCUCAAGGAUUAGGGCCCCUUUUGACAGAAAUGCAAAUGGUUGGAAAUAUGCCAAAUAAUACAAUGCAUGAUUUUCCUGGACCCAGUGAAGGGAAAAGGAACCAGAAAGGAAAGUAGGAAAAGGAAGGGAAAAUGAACCGGAAAGGAAGGGAUCAGUAUAUGGCAAUUCCAGGAGAAGUCAUCCAAUUCCGGGAAAUGUCCUCAGUAAACUUAAAAAGUCAAACGAAAGAUCUGUCGCACUGGUCAAAGCAGGGUUAGACAUUGUUGUUGCGGUUGGGUUACUUCAAUUGGCACCCAAAAAAGCAACUCCACGUGUGACAGGAGCCUUGGGAUUUGUCAGCUCUCUCAUAUUCUGUUAUCAGUUGCUCCCUUCACCAUCAAAGAUGAAGAUGGCUUGAUGAGAGCUGCCAAUGUUUGUCAAGUGAUCACCACGUCUUUUGCUACAAUAAUUAUGUGUAGAAAGGGGUUGUCUGUUGCUUAUGUUGCUUCCCUCUGUUGGUGCACAUUGUAAGAAGCUUAUAAAUCACGUUAUGUUUUAUAAUACACCUUAAAAUUAUCCUUAUUUC